AUGACAAAUAUGACACGUUUAUUGAUUAGUAACAAACUUGAAAAAGUCAUCGCAUUGGAUGCUAAAACAAAAGAACUGAUUUCUGAAAUUGAAAGUAUCAGUAAAAAAGCUGGUAAUAUAAAAUCCUGUCGAGAAAAACUAGAUUAUUGUCAAGCCGAAAUUAGAGAAAAUCUUGUUGUUAUAAAUUCGACUUUGGAUGAACUACAAAGUUUUGAGCACGAAGAAAACAUCUCAUCGACAAAUAGGUCUCUUUAUGAAGCAGUUAUCCAUAAUAAGAAACAACUUUCUGUGUUACAGAAUCGAUAUCACAGAGCGAUUUUUGCAGCCAAUUCAACAUUAGAAAUCAUUGAGAAAGAAGAACUCGUCAAUCGUUCAUCUAACAGAAAUGAAAAUGACGGUAAACUGUCCAGUCUGAAAGAACAGUAUCAAAAUUCAUUAGAACUCACUCAAGAUAUGACAACUUAUGCUAGAAUAUUGGCUGAGGAGGUUCGACGUGGUGCUGCUAAUGCUGAAUUACUUGAGAAUUCUUCUAGUAAAAUUAUUUCUAAUUAUUCUGAACUAAAAGAAAUGGUUGGGUAUAUGAAUCACUCUAAACGUCUUACGUCUCUAGCCCGUCGUAGACGUGCAACAGAAAGAGUCCUUUUCUUUUUAGCUUUUUCAUUCUUUUUUUUAAGUUGUGGAACAAUAUUUUUACACAGGGUACCCAUGGGUUAUUGGUUUUUACCGUCGAAUCAUUAG